CCGUAGAUGAAGGGUUAAAAUCCUUGCGUUAGGACUGGAGGAUAGUAAACGUUGGACAGAGGACAGCAGUGGUCGCUCGCAAGCAGUACUAGCUAGUAUUCCAUAGCCUCCGAGUGUAGGUAGCCUACGUUACGAACUGACAGUGACACAGCUGUGAGCUCCCAUCCACGCUCCAGAAUAAUAUGACAUUUGGAUAAUUCUCCUUCAACGCCAGCCACGUCGGUACAAUGUGAAGGACAGCAGUCUGAGUUUUUUAAGAAAGGACAAAGCCUCCGCUGAGAGGGGGACACACAACGCCCCGAGAGAGAGAAGAGAAGGAGGAGGGAGAGAGGGGGAGAGGGAGGGAGGGAUAGCUACAGUGCAGUAUGUGCGUCUGGUAGUACUGGUUGUUGACAGGAAGGAGUGAUGGAGUCUUUCCCAGGAGAUGGGGAGGGCAGCGCUGAUGACCUUAUAGGAGGAAAGAGGAAGUCCAAACUGAAGACCUUGAAGAUAUAUCUGUUUGGAGGGACCAGGAGAGAGACCAAAUUCAGCCAGUCUGCUAGUGAUGUCACUGAGGCGGAGGGGCUGGGCUCAGCGAAGAAUCUGUGUUCAGGCAUGUUGGGAUCGCGAGCGUUGUCACAUGACAGUAUCUUCCUGGCCGACCAGGAUCUGUCUAGUCCGGAGCAGCCCAGAGUUCUAUCCCAGGAGAACGUCCAAGGCAGGAUCAAAGAACUCCAGAUGAAGCUGCUGCAGCAGAACAUGCAUCUAGGCCCGCCCCCACUGGUUCUGCCAAUUAAACAUCCCGAGGACCUGGGGGGCAGCUCAGAGGACAAUGGUCUGCCCCACAGCCCCCCCAAAAUCUCCAUAGGCAACAACAGAGCCCCCAGGGGGGUAUCUUACAAGUUCCCUGCCCCUCCCAGGCACCAUAGCUCUCUGAGUUUAGCAGGAACAGGAAGUGAGGAGGAAGUGCAGGCCUCCUCCCAACCCUCGUCCCGACCCCUCUCCCCCUUGCCCAAACCUCCUCUUACCAGCUCCGUGCCUCCCACCCCAUCUGCCCCCCACUCUGCCAUCUCCCCUGCCCCCCCUGCCUUGGACUUCAGCACCCCAGCCCAGUUCACCCCCUGCCUGGAUAACUCUGCCGCCCGCCACCGCAUGUCCAUCAAGCCCAGGAACCAGAGAGCCAGAGCCAAGAACAAAAUGCUGAACAUGACUGAGUCGAGACCACGCUCAGAGAGUCUCAACAACUUCGACCGACCCUUGACCGAGAAGGAGGAAGAGGAAGGGCCAGCCAUUACAGGAGGAAGAACACGUUUACGCUGUCACUCUACCCUGAUCCUAAAGGCGCAACAAGGGGGGUCGACCACCCCCACUGCACCCCCAGAGCUGACACCCCUAAAGUCGGGUUCCAGAGAGGCUGUGGGGUGCCCAAAAACCUCCACCCCCACCCUCCCCUGUAAGCCCUCCCCACAGGAGCAGCCCCAUCCUGGGGUUCCAGUCGUCUCCCCUGCCCCUGUGACCCGCCAGCUACCUGGAGCUAAACAACCACAGCCCUCAUCUGUGACCACAGUCCAGGACCUGAGAUACACUCCACAACAGCAGACCCUUAAACAGUCCCUGGGAGACCCCAAGCCCCCAGACCCAUCCCAAACCAAGAGGGACGUCCUGAGCAAGAGUGGGGUGCCGGAUUCUACCCCCAGCACCGAGGGUAGCCCCAAAGACGAACCAGUCCCGGCCGCCAGGCCCGCAGCUAGCCUAGCCUCAGUGGUGACUCUCAGAACGUCCUCUCUGAGGAGGAAGACAGAGGCUAGGGCUGGUGGUCAGAGUACCACAGAGCCACUUGCUGGCCAGGAGGACCCAGGUCAGGCAGAGCCAAUGUCCACUGGAGGAGCUCCGAAGCCAGGCUCCAGGCCUUUUCUCUUCUCCAUCAACUUUGCCAAGGAGCGGGAAACAUCCAGGAUGGGAAAUGGUGGUUUCUUGGGAGUAGUGGAGCAGGCUGGGGCUGGGGUGAAGAGGGUGGGGAGGGAGGAGGGGACAGAGGCGAAGUUGACCUCCUCAAAUGCCUGCCAGAAGGGGCAGGAGCAGCAGGGGGGCAGGCGGAAGGGGGACAAGCCCAAAGAAGAGGAGUUGACUGCCAUCGAUAUGGGGGGGAAAGUCUCGGAAGGGGAGGAGGUAGAGGAGGAGAGCGGGGAGGGAGUGGAGGAAGCAGUGGAAGCAAAGGAGGAGAAGGAGGAAGAGGGGAAAAUGGCGUUCGGCGUGAACCUUCGCUCCAUCUCUCUGAGGGUCCAGGCGGAGGCAGCCACCAGCCAAUCAGAUCUCAAGAUUAAGCGUCACAGUGCGGAAGUGGAUGCUCUCCCUCUUGCCACUUACACCCCCUCCUCAAAACCCACCGGGCUUGAGGGACUACGGGACACCCCUCCAACCAGGGCUAACUCCACACCCAAAAAGCGCUAUACAAACAACUGGGAUGCCCCCACAACACUGUCUUCAUCCAGCGGGAGAGCUUGCUCCCUCAGAGAAGCAGAUACAGCAACCCCAGCCCAGCCUACCCCCUCACCUCUCACUAAAGAGGCGCAAACCACCCCAGCUACCCCUAAGGAGGACCAAACCAUCCCUGUCCCACCCAUAGAAGCCCAGACUACCUCCUCAGCCCCUCAGGACCACCCGACUGCCCCCAAGGCGGCACCCCAGGCUGCCGUAUCCUGGAUGAGCAUGGCAUGGGGGAAGACCAGGGGCCUCCAGCAGCUCUUCACCAGCAGUCUACCCAGAGAGUUCACCGGCAUGCAGUCCCCAACUCAACCGCAGGCUCAGACCACAACGCAACCACAGACACCGUCACUGGCUAAGAUUGUGACGCAAACUCAGAGACAGAAUGCAGCACAACCACAAACACAGCUGACAACACCACCACAGGCUCAGACCACAACACAACCACAAUCACAGACCACGAUGCAACCCCUGACUGCUAAACUUCUGCAGUCACAGAUGGCAGCACAACCACCACAGACGGCAGCACAACCACCACAGACGGCAGCACAAGCCCCCACACAGACCACAAAACUACCAGUGACACAGACCACCAAAACACCACAGACACAGAACGCAACACAACCACAGACAACGACACAACCAACUGCCACUCAACCGCUAGCACAAUCUACCCUACGCGCCGUGUCUCAGGUGACCUCACAGUCCAGCCGACGAGCAAACCAGCCCACCCUGUGCUCAACUCCACAGACCCAAGCCCAAGCAACACUACGGAUCGCCCCAAUGGGUGCCACUUCCACUCAGCCACCGGCCCCGUCUACCCUCUCUUCAAGCCCACGCUCCACACCCAGCCAGCCCCCUUGGAGCGCACAAGGUCUCAACCCUAUCCCCCAGCCCAAACCAGCCUCAGAUCCAACAACAACCCCAGCCCCAGUCCAAGCACUAGGGAGAGGUGAGAGGACCCCUGGCCUCCAGGGGAAUAGUGAGGGGGCGGCUGUGUCAACAGAGAAGAGGGUGGACCGGGACAGGCCAGGGACUUUGGGAGGGACGGCAGCCUUUCUGGAGAAACGGGCAGAGUGGACUCCUCCUGCUGGGAGCAAGGUAGAGCUCAGGAGAACCAGGACCCCAUCUGAGUCUCAGCCCACGGCUGAAUUGGCUGCUCCUUCCAAAGCCACACCUACUCACAGAGACGCUAAAGAUGCUAAACUCGACAGGAGGCCAGAAUCGAGUCCAACCAUAGUGACAGGCAGACUUGCAGACCGAGAGGACAAAUGGCUAAGGAAGAACAUGCCAACGUCACCGUCUCCUUCAUCAUCACCUUCGUCAUCAUCCCCCUUGCAGACCAUCUCUGACAGUGGGGGUCAGCCAUCUUGGAUGGAACUGGCCAAGAGGAAGUCAAUGGCCUGGAAUGACAAGACCAUGGACUGAUAGAAUGAGAAAGAAAGAAAGAAAGAAAGAAAGAAAGAAAGAAAGAAAGAAAGAAAGAAAGAAAGA